CCAAUAGUCGAUUUAGGACUCCCUGCAUUCGACCAAUUCCGUGUGACGUGUAAAAUUUCAUUGACUGUAAAUUUUCAUUGAUUUUGAUAAAAAAAUAAUUGAGAUUUGUUACUGAGUUCAUAUCAAUAAUCCUCACAAGGUGUCCAAAUCAAAAAUGGGUUCAUUCCGCAGAGAAAAAGAAGACGAAGAAGAGGGCCCCACCAACAUUUACCAAAACUUGGAGAAGACCUCAGUGCUUCAGGAGACCCGAGCGUUUAAUGACACACCUGUAAAUCCCCGAAAAUGUAUUCACAUCUUGACCAAGAUAUUAUACCUGAUCAAUCAGGGAGAACAGUUGGGCACUCGCGAAGCAACAGACUGCUUUUUUGCCAUGACCAAAUUGUUCCAAUCUAAGGAUGUAGUUUUACGUCGCAUGGUUUACUUGGGCAUCAAGGAGUUGUCAUCGAUUGCAGAAGAUGUUAUUAUCGUCACCAGUUCCUUGACUAAAGAUAUGACUGGAAAGGAGGAUUUGUAUCGUGCCGCAGCCAUACGUGCUCUCUGCAGUAUUACUGACAAUACGAUGCUUCAAGCGGUUGAACGUUACAUGAAGCAAUGUAUUGUUGAUAAGAAUGCUGCUGUUUCCUGUGCAGCUUUGGUUAGUUCGUUGCGAUUGGCAGGCACUGCCGGUGAUGUAGUUAAACGUUGGGCCAACGAAGCACAAGAAGCCCUUAACAGCGAUAACAUUAUGGUUCAAUAUCAUGCGUUGGGCUUGCUAUACCAUAUUCGAAAAUCGGACCGCUUGGCCGUAACAAAGUUGGUUAAUAAGUUGACGCGCAAUUCAAUGAAGAGUCCAUACGCUGUCUGCAUGUUGAUUCGCAUUGCUUGUAAACUCAUCGAAGAAGAGGAUAUCUCCGCCGAUGAAAUGUCUGAAUCUCCAAUGUUUACAUUCAUUGAAUCUUGUUUGCGCCAUAAGAGCGAAAUGGUUAUUUACGAAGCUGCCCAUGCAAUUGUUAACUUAAAGAAUACUAAUGCACGUGUUUUAUCGCCAGCUUUCUCCAUUCUGCAAUUGUUCUGCAGCUCACCCAAGGCCACAUUGCGUUUUGCAGCUGUUCGAACUUUAAAUAAAGUGGCAAUGACUCACCCUGCUGCUGUUACCACAUGUAAUUUAGAUUUGGAGGGACUUAUUGCUGAUUCAAAUCGCUCCGUGGCCACCCUUGCCAUUACAACUCUGCUUAAGACGGGAGCCGAGUCUUCGGUAGAGCGUUUGAUGAAACAAAUUUCGUCCUUUGUGGCUGAAAUUUCCGAUGAAUUUAAAGUUGUCGUAGUACAAGCCAUUUGUUCGCUAUGCACAAAAUAUCCUCGCAAGCAUACCGUCUUAAUGAACUUCCUAAGUGGUAUGUUACGAGAAGAAGGUGGUUUAGAGUAUAAGACAUCUAUUGUGGAUACCAUUAUUACAAUCAUUGAGGAGAAUGCUGAAGCUAAGGAAUCUGGACUUUCGCAUUUGUGCGAGUUCAUUGAAGAUUGUGAACAUGUUUCAUUGGCCGUGCGUAUAUUACAUCUUUUGGGCAAGGAGGGUCCAUUUGCCAAUCAACCUUCCAAGUAUAUUCGUUUCAUCUACAACCGAGUUAUCUUGGAAAGUCCAAUUGUGAGAGCGGCAGCUGUUACUGCCUUGGCACAAUUUGGCGCCUCCUGUCCUGCGUUGUUGGGAAAUAUUCUCGUGCUUUUGGGUCGUUGCCAAAUGGAUCCGGAUGAUGAGGUCCGUGAUCGUGCCACUUAUUAUUUGAAUAUUUUACAAACCGAAAAGGCAGAUUUGUAUAAACAUUAUAUCAUUGAACGUGAAACAUGUUCCUUAGCAUUACUCGAAAAAGCUUUGGUCGAACAUUUGAAUGGAGAUUGCAAUACAGGUUUCGACCUUUCUAUUGUACCUAAAGCUGCUAUCGUCAAAGAAGAUGUCAAAGAUGAAGCUAUGUUGGUUACAAAUGCACCACGGGCUCCCAAAAUCACUCGCGAAGAAGAAAGUGCCGCUCGGUUGGCGCAGUUGCCGGGUAUACAUGCAUUAGGUCCGAUACAUCGAACUGCACCAGCUAUACAACUUACCGAGAGCGAAACAGAAUAUACGGUUUCAUGCAUCAAACAUAUUUUCCCCAAUCAUGUUGUGUUCCAGUUCGAUUGUCUCAAUACUUUGGCAGACCAAUUUUUGGAAAAUGUACGUGUAGAAUUAACAAUACCGGAUGGUUUUAUAACUCGUGCGGUAAUACCCUGUCCCAAACUCCCGUACAACGAAUUGCAAACCACAUUUGUUAUUGUUGAAUUCCCCCAAGAUGUUGGUAGUUCUACAGCUACAUUUGGAGCUACUUUGAGAUUUGUCGUCAAAGAUUGUGAUCCUAAUACUGGGGAACCAGAUUCGGAAGAUGGCUAUGAUGACGAAUACAUGCUUGAAGAUAUGGAAAUCACACUGGCUGAUCAAAUACAAAAGACCAAAAAGAGUAACUUCCAAGCCGUGUGGGAUGCAGCCGAUACUGAAGAAUGGGUAGAAGCUGAAGACACAUAUUCUUUGUCAGCUGUUAGCACACUGCAAGAAGCAGUUAAUACCAUAAUAAAAUUCCUAGGUUUAGGACCCGCCAAUCUCUCUGAAAAAGUGCCAGAAGGCGUUGCAACACACACACUACUUUGUUCUGGUACAUUUAGAGGAGGUGCUGAAAUCCUGGUACGGGCUAAACUGGCCUUAGCUGACGGAGUUACCAUGCAAUUAACUGUACGUACUACUUACCCAGAGGUGGCAGAGUUGGUAACAGCUGCUAUAGGAUAAAAGUAUCCCGACCAAAUUCAUUCCCCAGGAAGUUUUUCACAAUUAACAUAUACAAUAUUUUGAUAAAUGAGAGAAUGAAUGGAUCGAAAAAUAUGCAAAUAAUUAAGUAGUAUUUUCUAUUGAAGAUAAAAGAUCGACAUUACAAAGUGCACUAUUAUAUAAGCAUUAUUAUUACUGAUUACAAUGCGCUGUUAUUCCGAUUAUCGAAUGUAAUUCGUCUUCAUGUUUAUGUCGAUUGAAGAAACGACGGAACAUCAAAAAAAAAAAAAAAAAAAAAACUAAAA